AUGGGCCCUCCAUUGCCACCAUCUAGUAUUGGAUAUCCUCAAAUAAGCGGAUAUCCAGGUAUGCAACAAAACUAUCCUUAUCAACAGCCACCUCCUCCACAAGGAUACCAACAACAACACAACAACAACAACAAUAAUAACAACAACAACAACAACAACAACAACAAUAACAACAAUAACAAUAGCAACAACACUCAUAAUCAUAAUCACAACACGCAUGGCAAUACCAAUAUUAAUAACAACAACAAUCAUCAUAAUCCACAACAACCUGUUAUGUAUUUAUACACCCCUCAACAGAACCCAUAUCAACAACAUAUGAUGAUUCCCCAAAAUCAUCAUCAACAACAACAUCUCCAAAUGCAAAUACAAGCACAAUACCAGCAAUUAAUGCAUAGUGCAAAUAGUGUAACUAACAGUACCAAUAACGCUAGUACCAUUGGUAAUAUAAGUGGUAUGGGUAGUCCAAUGAACCCAGCGAUUUCUAUGAAUGUUAGCAGUAGUGCUGGGAAUAUCCAUUUAAAUAAUAUUAGCGCUUCUAAUAAUAGCAAUGGCGCUAAUAUUGGUAACAACAACACCAACAAUAGUAAUAGUACUUCCACUUUGACUCAUAAGAAAGAAUAUUUAAAGAAUAAGUUUCAAUUCAAUAACAACUCAGAUGGUGCUUUGAAAUUUGAAUUUCCUUUUUUCAUCAAUUCUACUGAAGAUGAUUUUUAUGUAGGAAAAUUGAAGAGAAAUUUAUUAAGAGAAAAAACUUUGAACCAAGCCCCAAAGAUAAUUCCUCAGGAUAUAUCCGAGAGAUUAGAAGCAAUCCAAAGUGCCGAGGUGGAAAAAAAGAAGGUCGGAAAUGGUAUUACUAAUACUUCUGCUGUCGUUAUCACCAGUUCUCCAUCCGAGGAUAUUAAAAGUUCUACCAAAACCACUACUCCCAAUUCCCCAAGCAAUGAUAUCAAGACUGUUGGCACAGAUGCAUCUAAUAUUAUGGUUAAUGGCCAUAAUACUACUAACAAUACGGAUGUCGAAAACGUAAAAAAAAUUGAGAAAUUGAAGGAACCAAUGGAAAAAAAGGAAACUAUUACUAAAAAAUUAAAUAAGGAUGAGGAGAAAAAGACAAUAAUGAAGCAUAAGACAGAUUCUGUUAGCAUUCCUGAAACUAAAUCGGAAAUGAAAGAACCACUUAAAAAAGCGGAAAAAGAACAAACAAAAAAUGAUAGUUCCACAACUGCUAUUGCUACUAAUUCCACUGUUUUAAGCAAAAAUGAGCAGAAAUCGACAACAAAACAAAAUGGAGAAAAAGAAAAAGAAAAAGAAAAAGAAAAAGAAAAAGAAAAGGAAUUUAAGCCUGUUGCUACUGCUCCUAUGAAUUGGGCUGCGUUAGCAUCUAAAUCAUUAAAUAAUUCCAAGCUUGCAACUGCCUCUACAAAGACUAAAGACUUAAAGAAAAGUGGUACUACUCAAUCACCUUCUUAUAGUCCAUCCUCUAACACCACUAGUGUUAAUGCUACAUCUACACCAACUACUUCUACCACCAAAACACCAUCAGAAGAUAAUAAUAAUAAUAGUAGUAGUAAUAGCAGUAGUAGUAGUAGCAGCAGUAGUGUCAUCCCAGCCCCCCACAAAAGACCAUCUUCUACACCAUAUGUGCCACCAAGUAACAAGACACAGGAAUUGUUAGGGGUAGUUUGUUUAAGAACCAUGUUUGAUGAAGACUUUCUUCCUUAUACAUUAAAGAACCUCACAUCAUCUGAUUCAAUUCUGAAAAACAUUGAGCCACGCGGUAUUGUUAACACAGCAAACAUUUGUUUUAUGAGUUCUAUCUUGCAAGUUUUGAUGUAUUGUACCCCAUUCAUUGAAUUGUUAAAUUUAUUACAAACCAAAAGUACCAUUAGAUCGGUAGUUACACCAUUGUUGGCUGCUUUAAUUGAAUUUUUUGGAAAAUUUACUACAACUUCUGACAAUGAAGACGCUGCUGCAGAUGCAGUGAAACCUGAUGAUUUUUAUAAGGUAUUGAAUAAAUUACCUAAAUUUAAAUCUUUAAAGUGGGGUCAGCAAGAGGAUGCAGAAGAAUUUUUGACACAGUUUUUAGAUCAAUUGCAUGAGGAAAUGAUCGGUUGCAUUACUGACUUGGGGGAAAAUGAUAUUAUGACCUUAAUAAACACCACUAGUGAUGCUUAUUUGAAACAUGUUUUCUUAGUAAAUUGUGCUAAGUACAAAAAAUCACGUUACUUGGAACAGUCCACAGUUCAGUUCAAGAAAUUAAUCGAGGAUCAUUUGAUCAUGGUUGGCGAAAGCAGUAAUAGCGUUGUAGGAAAUAGUAAUGAAAAUGGUGAGUGGCAUGAAAGUGCCAAGGGGAAAAAGGGUAAAACUGCAACAAAGAGAACUACUGAAGUGGAACCAUCGCCAAUAUCAAUUAUUUUUGGUGGUCAAUUUAGAUCUGUUUUAGACAACUUAACUAAUAAGAAAGAACCUCAGUCGAUAACCUUGGAUCCCUUUCAAACUAUUCAAUUAGAUAUUAGUUCAGAAGAAGUUAAUACUUUAGAACAAGCAUUUUUGACUUUCAACCAAGUUGAAUAUUUGAACUAUAAUAGCAAUGAUAAGGCCAAGAAACAAACAUUUAUUGACAAAUUACCACAAGUUUUAUUGAUUCAAUUGAAAAGAUUUAGAUUUGUUUCUCCUAGCGAAGAUAAUAGCAAAAACGAAUUAAGAAAUUACAAUGAGUAUAAUGGCUAUAUUAAAAAAAUCAAUAAAAAAAUUACAUUUGAUUUAGACUUGGAAAUACCAGCACAAUGUGUAUCCCAAAGCACUUCAUUGAAUAACAUGAAAACUUAUAAACUAACAGGUGUAGUCUAUCAUCAUGGUAGUAGCCCAUCUUCCGGACAUUACACUUGUGAUAUUUUGAACCAACAAACUAGUAAAUGGUAUACUAUUGACGAUGACAAGGUUAACGAAAUUACAAAGAUUGAUGUUUUAAAAUGUGGUAAUGAUUCAAGAACACCAUAUAUUUUAAUAUAUACUGCCAAUACAAAGGAAUAG